AGUCGAUGCUGCGAAGCUGCGCAGCGAGGACAGCUCGACGCUCAUGCGGCGCUGCGGUCGGGCAGCGCAGGAUGAUGUCGUCGGGUACCGUCACGGUACAGCUGGACAAGCCCUACGAGACGUUCAAGCUUGAGUCGGAGCCGCCCAUGACGGCUGAGGUGACGCGGGACGAGCUUCUCGGCUACUACUCGCUGAUGUAUCGCAUGCGACGGAUGGAGAUCUCGGCGGACACGCUGUACAAGGCCAAGCACGUCAAGGGCUUCUGCCAUCUGUACGACGGGCAGGAGGCGAUCUGCGUCGGCAUGGAGGCGGGCGCCACGUGGGGCGACUCGGUCAUCACGUCGUACCGCGACCACGCGUGGCAGCUCUCGCGUGGCGACACGGUGACGGGCGUGCUCUGCGAGCUGCUCGGCAAGCAGGGCGGCUGUGCAAAGGGCAAGGGCGGCUCGAUGCACAUGUACAAGGCCGACGCCAACUUUUACGGCGGAAACGGCAUCGUCGGCUCGCAGGCGCCGCUCGGCGCGGGCAUCGCCUUCGCGCACAAGUUCGCCGGUGACGGCUGCUGCUCCUUCGCGCUCUACGGCGACGGAGCCGCCAACCAAGGCCAGCUCUUCGAGGCGCUCAACAUGGCUGCGCUGCUCCAGCUGCCGCUCGUCUACGUCUGCGAGAACAACCAGUACGGCAUGGGCACCUCCAAGAAGCGCUCCUCGGCCAACGACGACUACUACACGCGAGGAGGGUACGUGCCCGGCAUCAAGUGCGACGGCAUGAACGUCCUCUCGGUGCGCGAGUGCACCAAGUUCCUCAAGAAGCACGCCGUCGAGGUCGGACCGAUCGUCGUCGAGUUCGACACGUACCGCUACCACGGCCACUCCAUGUCUGACCCGGGCAUCACAUACCGCAACCGCGACGAGGUGUCGCAAGUCCGCGCGGCCCGCGACCCUGUCGACCGCGCCAAGCGCUACUGCAUCGACACCGAGCUCGUCACCGAGGCCGAGAUCAAGGAGAUCGACAAGGAGGUCAAGGCGGAGGUGGCCGCCGCCGUCGAGGCGGCCAAAGCGGCGCCUCCGCCCGAGCAGUCCGAGCUGUGGACGGACGUGCACGUCGGCCAGUCCAAGGACUUCUUCAUGCGCGGGCCCGACAUCUCAACCUCCUCCGGCGUCUACGGCACCAAUCGGUGAGACCGCACGGGGGAGAACGCGGGCCGAAAUUUCUGCCGUGGGGAUGUGGCGAUGGGAGGGGGGAGGCCGCAGGAGCGUGGUGCGUGCGCCGUGCGCGGCUGGCAGCCUGAGGGUGGGCGGUGCGGCAUUGCACACGCGCUGCCGCGCCACUAAAAAGACACCCCUCUCUCGCGCUCUUCUGGUGAGAUUCUGGAGAGAGGGGGCAGCGGGCACCGGCCCGGAUACGCGGCUUUGCUCUGCUCGUGUGUGUGUAGUGUGAUCCCGAUGGACGAAAUACCACAGUGCACAGAGAGCGAGCUUGGACCAUGUGGACGCGUUGGUCUUGUGCUCGCUUUUGGUGGAGUUCGAGUUGGACUGAGAGAAGUGAGAUGAACCGCUUGCC